AUGCUUUUGACCAUCAAUGUACAGGGAUGUCACUUUCUUUCUUUCACGCCCCUUUUUUAUCUCUCUCCCCUUUUUCUCUUUCUCUCCCUUUUUCUCUUUUUUCCCCUUUUUUCUCUCUCUUUCAUUUCCCCUUCUCUCUCACUUUCUUUCUUUUUUCUGCCAUCCUAUCUCUCUACCUUUCUCUGCUUUACGCUCUCUCUUUAUCUCCUCCUUUUCUCUUUCUUUUCCCUCUCUCUCUCGUUCUCUCUUCUUUUUUCUCUCACCUGCUCUAUCUUUCUCUCUCCCGCUCUAUCUUUCUCUCUAUCUUUCUCUCAUCUUUCCUUUCUCUCUCAUGCUCAUUCUCUCGUCUUCUCUCCUUCUCUUACUUUUUCUUUCGCUCUCUCACGAUAUCUUUCUCUUUCUCUCUCCCUUUUCUCUCACGCUUUCUCUCACUUUCUCUCUGAGUUCCUUUCUCUCUUCAUCUCCCCUUUUCUCUCUUUCUUUCUUUCUUUCUUUCUUUUUUCUUUCUCACACGCUUUUUCUUCAUCUCCCUCUUCUCUCUCUCUUCCCCUAUCUCUCUCUCUAUAUAUAACUCUUCAUCUACCCUUCUUUUUCUCUUUCUUUCUCCACCCUAUCUCUUGCUCUCUCUCUCUCUCUCUCUCUCUCUCUCUCUCUCUCUCUCUCUCAGUCACUCUUCCAAAAUUGAGGCUAGCCAAUUGA